AUGACAUCUUCAACAACAAUUUGUGGCAUUUUAUUAACUACCGUUUGUUUAUCUUGUGAAAUCCGUUUUAAUAUCGUUGAUGACGUCAAAAUUGGAAUUUUGCUACGAGGUACAGUUGAUAAAAUUUGUGGAACCAAUCUGGUUGCCGUGGCGGAAUUAAUUCUAAGCGUCGUAGAAUCUGUGAUUGCCGCAGUAGAAUUAAUUCUGGGCGUCGUGGAAUUAAUUCUGAGCGUCGUGGAAUCUGUAGUUGCCGCAGUAGAAUUAACUGCGAGCGUCGUAGAAUUAACUCUGGGCGUCGUGGAAUUAAUUCUGGGCGUCGUAGAAUCUGUGGUUGCCGCAGUAGAAUGA